AUGUCGCUUAAGCAGGAAAUAGAGACGUGGGUGCAAGCCCUAGAUGCCUAUGACAACCAAGAGUUUGAGGAGUCACUGCGCCAUUUCGAGCAGAUCGCGGACACGUCCAAGAUCCUAUUUAACUGUGGAGUGAUAUAUGCAACGCUCGGUGAGCAUGAUAAAGCAGUCGAGUGCUAUCAACGGGCCGUCGGGUUAGACCGAUACCUCGCCAUCGCUUACUUCCAGCAGGGUGUAUCGAAUUUCCUGCUAGGCGACUUUGAAGAGGCAUUAGCCAACUUCAACGAUACGCUGUUGUACCUGCGAGGGAAUACGUCGAUCGACUAUGAGCAGCUUGGCCUCAAGUUCCGACUCUUUUCGUGCGAGGUCUUGUUCAACCGUGGGUUAUGUUAUGUCUACCUUCAGCAGAUGACUCCCGGCAUGCAGGAUCUUUCGUAUGCCGCAAAGGAGAAAGUAACGUCAGACCACGAUGUGAUUGACGAUGCAAUUCGUGAAAAUGCAGAUGGAUACACGGUAUUCUCCAUCCCCGUGGGCGUUCUAUACCGUCCCAAUGCGGCCAAAGUCAAAAACCUCAAAACGAAAGAUUACCUCGGCAAGGCCCGGCUGGUUGCUGCAUCGGACCGAUCUCAAGGUGCAGACCACCAAUGGCGGCCUAUGGUCGUCGAUAAAGGCGCGCUUGAGGACCGCGAAGGCGUCUCCUGGGCAGCCACCAACCUUGUCCAUAAGGGCUUGAGCAGUCGCACCCGUCAACAAUCAGAACCACCUCUCAGUCGCAAUGUCUUCCCACCAACACCGCCACCAGAUGACAGGUUGAUCAGCAACGGCUCCGUGGCAGGCUCGUCACACAACCGCUCCUCGUCCCUCCGCAUGGGCCGACCGCCACGCCUGGAACUGGAACGAACAGGAGCAGGUCUCGACCGCAGGCCUGGAGGACCGGAGCCACGCAUUGGCACGACGCGCACCGCAUCCGAGCCUCGUGGCCCGGCUCCCCGGCACCAGAAUAUGCGCGGCUUCGGAGAUCCCACCCGCGGCGCCUCAUCUCAAGGUGGUGGUCACCGCAGGAACCUUAGCGACACCAACACCAACCCCAACUUUCUCCCGGACCAGCCUGAAUACGCCCAGCCAGACUCGUACAAUUCCUACGCCAGCCCGGCCAAUGGCUCCAGUGCUGGCUGGGGUCGCGCCCGCCACCAACCGCCCGCCUUCAUCGACGAAGAAGACGAGUACGGCAGCGACGUGUGCGACGGCGAGCCGAUCAAAGACGCUGCCUUCGAGCUACUCAGCGCGCCCGGUGGGCCCGGCUCGUCACCUGCGCAGAGCCUCCAGCAGCGACGCACCCGCUCACCAGCGCGGUUCUCACGGCGGGCAAACUCGCGGCGGCCGGAGGUGCGGCGGUUCCGGACGAAGGUGCAUGCGCCGGAUGAUAUUCGGUAUAUUAUGAUUGGGCCGACGGUGGAGUUUGGGGAGUUUGAGGCGAAGAUCCGGGAAAAGUUUGGGUUUCAGUGCCCGCUGAAGAUGAAGGUGCGGGAUGAUGGGGAUAUGAUUACUAUGGUGGAUCAGGAGGAUUUGGACUUGUUGUUGGCUAGUGCGAGGGAGGUGGCGAGGAGAGAGGGAAGCGAGAUGGGGAAGAUGGAGGUUUGGGUGGAGGAACAGUCGAUGUUCUGA